GAUGCUGCUGUGUGACACGCUGCUUUUUUUUUUUUUUUUGAGGAAGAAAAUUGUAGGAACAGCUGCCUAAUUUAUUAUUUUUAUUAUUAGUAUUAUUACUCUGAGAGAAGGAUGUUGGGAAAGGCAUCUCUGUGUCUGCUCUCAUUUCUCGCCUUUGUUUAAAAUCUUUAUUCUAAUGCGAGGGAUUAAAAGGGUGAAAGACAUCAGUGUGUGUGUGUGUGUUCCGUCUGUAGGCUGCUCUUUCUGGAUCUCUUUUAAAAGAUUGAUUCAUUGAUUUUUUUGUUUGUUUUUCCUGGAAAUGUACAGAGAGGGAGCCUGUUUGAAAGGCAGCAUGUUUACAUGGGAACUAAAAGACACUCGUCUGUGACAAAAAAAAACAACAACCAGAAGCUUUUAAAGAGGAACAGAGUGCAGGCUGAACAGCUCUUUUGUAAAGGGAAGCAGUGUGUGUGUGUGUGUGAGAGGGUUUUAUGAGAAUAUGGAAACACUGUAAGGGAUAUUUUACCAGUUACACUGAUGCAGAGAUCAGGGCCAAACAGGGCAGAACUUUAGUCUCAGUCUGGGGUUUUAUUUAUUAUUAUUAUUAUUAUUAUUAUUAUAAAUCCACCAUUGUGUUUGGUGUUAAGGCAUUGAGCAAGUAAACAUGAGGAUUAUUUGAGAAAAUACGUGUUUUGGAGCAGAAAAUAGAAAGAGAGAGGGAGAGAGUGAGUGAGAGCCUUCGAGCCAAGCCCAUUCUGGUUGCUUUGGAGCACCGCACUGGGCUUCUGAUUGAUUUCGCUUCUCGAACAGAACAGAACAGAACAGGAGAUGCAGAAGGCCAAAUGACGGCGGAUUUUCUUUGCCAGGCUCCAUUUUCUACCCAGAAGGAAUAAAUAAAUAAAGUGUCGAAGUUGAAGGCUCUCAGGGGACCAUGUCUUCUCGGGCAACACUACAGACCGACAGGAAUUCAGACCACCAUGCUUCACUCUCUGCCAGCCGUUCGGACAAGGGUUCGGCCUGGUCGAAUCGCUCACUGGGAGCCCGAUGCCGCAACUCCAUCGCCUCCCUUUCAGACGAACAUCCACACAUCGGCAACUACCGGCUGCUCAAAACCAUCGGCAAGGGCAACUUUGCAAAAGUGAAGCUGGCACGCCACAUCCUUACUGGCAGAGAGGUUGCAAUAAAGAUAAUCGACAAAACCCAACUCAACCCAACCAGCCUACAAAAGCUUUUUCGAGAGGUACGGAUUAUGAAGAGUCUCAACCACCCAAACAUAGUUCAGCUCUUUGAAGUGAUUGAAACCGAAAAGACACUGUACCUUAUAAUGGAGUAUGCCAGCGGUGGUGAAGUGUUUGACUACCUCGUGGCCCAUGGGAGAAUGAAGGAAAAGGAGGCACGGGCUAAAUUUCGACAGAUUGUAUCUGCAGUUCACUAUUGUCAUCAGAAGAAGAUUGUUCACAGGGAUCUAAAGGCGGAAAACCUUCUGCUCGACGCCGAUUCCAACAUUAAAAUCGCAGACUUCGGCUUCAGUAACGAGUUCACGCUGGGCAAUAAGCUGGAUACGUUCUGCGGCAGCCCCCCGUAUGCCGCCCCUGAGCUUUUUCAGGGCAAGAAAUAUGAUGGGCCUGAGGUGGAUAUCUGGAGCCUGGGGGUCAUUCUGUACACACUGGUCAGCGGAUCGCUGCCUUUUGAUGGCCAGAACCUCAAGGAGUUGCGUGAGCGGGUGCUGAGGGGAAAGUAUCGAGUGCCGUUCUACAUGUCCACUGACUGUGAGGGUAUUCUGCGCAGGUUCUUGGUACUCAACCCUGCUAAGCGCUGUACCCUAGAGCAAAUCAUGAAAGAUAAGUGGAUGAAUGUUGGCUAUGAAGCAGAUGAGCUGAAGCCACAUGUAGAGCCUGUGGAGGACUACAAUGACCCGGAGAGGAUAGAUGUAAUGAUAGGGAUGGGCUUUUCCCGUGAGGAGAUCAGGGAAGCACUGACCACUCAGAAGUACAAUGAGAUCACUGCUACUUACCUGCUGCUGAGCCGCAGGACCGAGGAUAGCAGUGAGUCCAGAUCGAGUAGUACUUUAUCUCUAGCGCGAGUUCGACCCAGUCCGAUCACCAAUGGUACCAGUAAACACUCCUCCACCUCAUCAUCCAGCUCGGCCUCCACCACCCACAACAAACCCCAGCGUAGUGCCUCCACCUACCACCGUCAGCGGCGGCACAGUGACUUCUGCGGUCCUGCAGCGACUACGGCUCACCCUAAACGCAGCCCCACCAGCACAGGAGAGUCGGACUUGAAGGAGGAGCGUUUGGCCACGAGAAAGGCAGGAUGCAGUGUGGUGGGCAGCCGUAACAUCCCACCCUCCAGCCCCAUGGUCAGCACAGCUAACAACCCCAACAAAGCAGAAAUCCCUGACCGCCGCAAGGAAGCCGCUGUCACCUCAAACAACGUUCCCGCAAGUGCCAUGACCCGCAGAAACACAUAUGUAUGUACAGAUCGCUCCAGCACUGAUAGACACUCCUUACUGCAGAACGGCAAGGAGAACAGCUCACAUUCUCACCGUUUACCUCCAGCCUCUCCCUCCACACACAGCAUAUCCGGGGCAGGGGUGGCUUCAUCCUCUUCAGCCGAACGUUCCCGCCUCAGCCGAGGCUCCACUGUCCGCAGCACUUUUCAUGGUGGUCAGCUCCGGGAACGCCGGGUGCCUGCGCAUGCCCCACCAGCCUCCCCCACGUUGUCCCGCGAUGCCAGCCCGCUGCCCCACGCCCGCACCCGCGCCACCUCAAACCUCUUCAGCAAACUCACUUCCAAGCUUACACGAAGGGUCAAUCUUGACCCCUCUAAGCGUCAGAGCUCAAACAAGUCCGUCUCGGGCUGCCCUCUGCCACAUGGAUCGAAAACAGUUAGUAAGGUCACAGACGAACCUGAGAGAGUCUGCAGAUCUCCGGUCACAAGUCGCCAUCUAUCUGGGUAUCAAAAAGCGGCAGAGCCCCGGCCCCCCCGAUGCGGCUGGGAUGUAAAGGUGCAGAGCGCGCGGGACCCAGCCGAGGUGGUGCAGGCAGUUCGUGAGGCAGCACAGGGCUGCGGUUGCCAGGUGCACCAGGCUGGCCCGUUCCUCCUCUCCUGCACACACGGUGCUGCCGGCUCCCGGGUGGCAUUCGAGGCUGAAGUAAGCCACCUACCUACAGAGACCAGCGGGGUCCGCUUCAAGCGCUUAUGGGGAGCGCCACUCGCUUUUCGGGACAUCGCUACCAAAGUCUCCAAAGAGCUGGAGCUCUAAAUGGCAACAGGGGGGCAGAGGGGUAUGGAAGCAAAGCAAGGGGUAAAAUAAUGGGAACCUUUGAACGCCCACCUGCACUUCCAGUGGGCUCGUACAGACUCUGAAACGAACAUGGAGAGCUUCGUGGCUGAAAGAAAUCCCCUCCCCACUGAUUCCUACUCUGUGUCUUAGCCAAGCUAUUCACUAUUCCAGUUUUGACAGACAUUUAUCGUCCAAUGGCGUUUCAGCCCUUCAUGUCAUUUUCCUUUUUUUUAACAGCUGCUAUUUAAUACAUUUUGAACAUUAUUUUUUUCCCCUUUUGUUCCUUUUAAAACUUGCACCAUCCUGAACACUUCAAUUCUCAAACAUGUCCUGAAGAACAGAUCUUUUGUGCGCAUUUUAUAUUAACAGUUUCUGUGGAUGAAAAACAGCCUAAACGCAGGUUUAAGAGCUGCCUAAUAGGAAUACAAAGCUGUAUAAACCUGUGUGAUUUGGGGAUAGGUGAUGGCUGCUCUUCUGAGCCACUAAUAUUGUAGCCUUUGUGGCUUUUUUGUUGUUUUUUUUAAUUUUAUUUUAUUUGUCUGCGUUUCAGCAGUUGUUCUCAGUAAUGCAACUUCUGUUGUUGUACAGUAGCACUUUAGGGUUGCGUGAGCAUCACUUUUCUUGAAUUGUGUUCCCCCUUAAAUGGUACACUGCACCUGUCAAGCCAAGUCAAAAUGCAACACUUUUUCUGUUGUUCUGUAAGUAUUAUGCUGGUGAGAACCCUCUUUCACAGCCAAAAGAGGAUCCUGCUAAAUGGACACGAGACUGCAGCUUUCUGUUGAUUUGGUAGAACUAAUGACCACCUUAAACACGGAAAAAUCUACAUGCACUGUGCAAAACUGUAUGAAACCCUGGAGUGUGCAGGUCUAAUUGUAGCCUUGGUGUCAUCUAACAGUCGUAGAUGAACUAUAUUUUUGAUAAUGUGACAAGUGUUGGGGUGCUAAAACAUCUGCCAAAUUAUCCUGUGAUAUAAUUUCAGUACUGUUUGAAGUACGUUACUUUGUAUUCUUAGCUCAAAAAGGCUUCUUUACGUCAGUGUCAUUAUUACUGUGUGCUGUAGUGAUGUUAGGAUGGGAAGAGAUGUGCCGACUGUCCAGUUCCAGCUGUCCUUCAUGAAAUUAUAGCUGUACAGUUCCUAUGAGCACUGUUCUGAAAUGUUUUGCUAAGGCACAAGGGCUAUGUAAAGAGUAUGCGCCAAAAUUUCAUUGAACAUUUUGGAGGGGGGAAACAGACGGUUAUUUGUUUUAUUGUGAGCCGCAAUCGACUACCAAGAUAAAUUUCUUCUGACUUUCUAAAAUCUAUAAUGGAUUGUCAGUUUCAGAGUUUAUUCUUAUUUGUUAGUCUACAAAAACGUCCAAAUUUUAGCAAGUGAAAGCAUGUUAAAUAUACACAAGUUAAUUUAAUAUUUCUUAUUAUGAGAAUAUAUAUUUUAUUUAGGCACUGCCUAAAAGCGGAGCUCCCGAUGAGUGUAAAAUGUGUUAGUAAAUAAUCCCACAUUAUUAUUUUUUAUUUAAAAAGCGAAUUAAAAAUAAGCGCUGGAUAAAAACCUAUCUAUCAUAUGUAAAUAAAGGUACAAAUCUCAUUGUCAGGUGGUCAAGUGUUUGAGAUGCAUUGGCUUGCACUUACGAUCAGGUUCCCUUUGGUGGUACACGUACGGACGUCAUACGGUCACAAAAGCCAUCAAAAAAUCAGGUCGAUAUAUUACAUUACAUUACCAUGUUCUCUUAAGUAUGGCGCUUCGCUCCACUUGCUGUGCCCCGGUAUUAUUUUAAUAACUAUAAUAUCAGGAGUUUAUUUCUAGAUGUAUUUAACAGUUAUUCCAUGAAAUUGAGUCGUACAUGAGCUGAUAGCAUAAUGCUGAGUUGGCUAUAAGCCAUGUACAAUGAGAUUGAGCAAAAUAACUGUUUUAUUCUAUCCACAUUCACUGGAUUUUGAGAAACAGAACAUUUUUCUUUUAUUUUUUGCAAAUUUGAUAAAUAAAAACUUUGUACAAAACGUCUGACAAAAUAAUUUCCACUUAGAAUGUGAACAAACCGGCCAAAUGACGGGAGCAAUUUGUGAAAAAUGCUAUAAUAUUAAUAAUUCUUGAAAAAUAAAGAUGCCUUCGUACCAUCAAAUACUUUUAUUCCAUAUUUUGUUGCUUUUUGGGGUUUUCUUCCUCUUUAGGUUUUUUGGCAGUCAGCAAACCAACUUAAAGGUGCGUGACCACCACUGACUGGGCUGGAGUGUGGAACAGGAGAUAUUUUGGGGGGAGGGGGACAAAAAAACUAUACUCUUUCAGCUAUUGCUGUUUCUUUUAAAUACUUGAUAACAAUUUUGGGGGUUUUGUUUUCAAGUAGAGUUUUUAUUUCAACCUCGGUUGGUUCAGCAACACGCUCCGCCAUUUUGUUUUUCUCUACUCACAGUAUAUGAGCUGAUGGCCUAGUAGUAGAGUAGCCAAUCAGAGGUGCGAUUGCUCAUAUCCAGUGAAUGUGGAUAGAAUAAUUGCAAAUAUCCAGUUUGAAAUAGUCCUAUUCUUUUGGGAGAUCAUUAACUUCUUUAAAAAAAAAAACAUGCUUGGAAUUAUCUUCUAAUGGAAUAAUACAAUUUUAAACUUGAAAUUUCUAAAGAUGCUUAUCAGUAGCUUUAGGUGCCUAUAAAUUAUAAUCUCAUAAUAAGAAAUAUUUGAGAAAUUUGCUUCAUUUUUUUUUUUCAAUGUAAAAGCCAUGUCUUUUUUGGUAUAGACUUUGCAGUAAACUCUAUUGGGUUUAUUCGGCUUGCUUUGGUCUUUACUUGGUUCCCCGUACUGGUGGUGUUAAUCCAUGGGUUAUGUAUUGUAACCUGUGUGUUCACAUGGGUGCCAGUUCAUGUUUACAGUCAAGAAGCAUUUACAAUUUACAGCUCAGUCUGCUUCCUGAAUGACUUGGUGCCUUGCUGAUUCAAUUAGUGUACACCAAAAUUCUGGGAUUACAUACAGUAGAACCGAUGGAUACGCAAUUUAAAAACCUGUUUGCGGUUCCAGUCUGGAGCAAAUUCAGCCAAGGGCAAAGCCUUAAAGUUUGAAUUGGUCUGAAGUAAUUAUUAUGGAAGAUAAUAGCAAAUCCUCAUGUCCUAGAAAGCAUAUGAUCUCUCUAUUUGAGCAGACUCUCUCUCUCUCAUACCGUAUAUAUAUAUAUAUAUUAGUGUGUGUGUGUGUGUGUGUGUGUGUGUGUGUGUGUGUGUGUGUGUGUGUGUUCAUGUACGUGUUUAUAAAUGGGAGGAUUGAAUUUUCAAUGAAAAUAAAAACACUGUGUGGCUUUUGGUCUUUACUUAAUAAAUGUAAGUAGUCUUAACCCCUUAAACUAGCGGGACCUGUGGUUGGGUCCAGCUAUACAUCCCUCACUCCUGUACCUACGUUUCCUAUUGGUUUCACUGUAAUUGCAAAAUAAUUCACGGCAGUUACAAUAUAAAAAUGUGCUUAAGGGGUUAAGUACUCAAAACGCUGUUCUAUUAAGUUGCUGUUUCACAAACCUGUCCUCGGGGAUCCCAGAUGCUCCACAUUUUGCUGUGUCACAGCUCCCAGUACACCUGGACACUGGAGAGCCGUGAAUACCUGGUGCGGGUGUGUUAGGAGGGAGGCCUGAGGACUGGUUUGGUAAACACUACAAUAAGUGCUGUUUUCACUCUGUACUAAAGUGAAAUAAUAAAAAUAAUAGCCUCUGCUGGUCACAUGGCUUGUCAUGACAUCGAAAUAAGGAGUAGCCUUAGUUACCCUGAGCAAAAAUGCCUCCCCCCCCUUUUUUUUUUUAAACCCUUCAAAUGCAUACAUCAAAAACGUCUUUUUGAUUUACUCCAUUUUAAGCAGGUUGAAUUAUUUAUUUUAAAAAAAAAGUAAGACUGCCUGCUGGGUUUGCAUUGAUUGUUUCUCCUGAGGCAAAUCAUCACCUACUGUCUCUUCUCCGCCUGCAAGGCUAAGUGUGUGUGUGUGUGUGUGUGUGUGUGUAAAAUUGUGUAGGUAAAUUAUGAUUUUUCUUUUAAAAGUUUUAGAUUAUUUUUCUGUCUGUACAUGUACAGAAAGGGGAACAGCUGAGGUAACUGAGGAAUAAACUCAUUGACUUCAAA